CGAUGUCUUGGGAGCAGAUAAAAUCCAAAAUAUCCAUUCCCAUAUUCCUAGUCAUCGCAGCAGCCAUGUACUGGGCGGAUUUGAGCUUGAAUAAAUGUUGAGGAUCAAUGGAGCAGAUAAAAAAUGAAGAGGAGAAAGAGCUCCGGCGAACGAUGGAGAGUGGGAAAGUCAUGUUCGAGAUACCGGUAAAUCUGAAUAUCGAUCAGAAACUUAAAUCGUCGAUAGCACUCCGAGGGGCUUCUGGGGAUCAUCCGGACAGGAGUGAUGAGAUUGCCUCUUUGCGAGGAGAAUCCACGAAGAUUGAAGAAUUAGCGAAGAAAUCCUCUUCGAUUUUUACAAGAACCUCUGCAAAACCAUCGAAACAAAGACUGGGAGAUGUCGGACAGUACGACGAGGAGACUCUCAAGGAAAUCGAGGCGCGAAGGAAGACAAUAUUCGCUUCUCGCAGUGAUUUGUCCCGGGUGUCAUCAGUAUUCUUCAAGGCAAUGAAAAAAGCAAAUGAGAAAGGGUUGAAAAGUCGAAAUUCUAGUCAACCGAGUGCGGAACUGUCCAGAAAAUCCAGCAGCCGAUUGCGACUGUCCGACAACAUUCCCGUGAGGAGCAUGAUCCUGGAAAUACCCCGAAGGGUGGACCUGAACCCGGAAGAGGCGGACGCGUAUGGAGACGUCAUUGAGAGGGUUCUGAAUCAGCUAGAGUUGAUAAGGUACAGAAUCCCCGCGGAGGUUGAUGAGCGGUGGGACGAGGAUGAUCAGGAUUUUGACGAGAAGUAUGAUGUGCCGGAAGAGCCGGCGUACAGCCUACGAGAGUAUCUGGGCCUGCCCCCGCUGAUCCCGAUUGCGGCCGAGAAACUGCAGAGGGAUAGAACAUACAUCUACAACGUCUUAAAGGAGAUGCUGGAUGAGCUGAGGGAGUACCGUCGAUACGACCGCCUGGAGUAUGAGAUAGAAAAAAUAGCGAAAACCACAGAGAACGAGCAUAAUUUAGAAGUCAAUCACGAAAUCUGGACGGAGCAAGUGGAUCAACUCGUCGCAUUAAUCGAAUCCGAGAGACUCGACAGUGAAAUUGAGGUGAGAAAAUGGAUCAGCGGAGUGCAUGAGUCAGCCGCGGACAUAGACGACGCCAUUUUCCUGAGUAAAUCAAAACUGGGAUACGUCAGAGGAUGGGAGAGCGUGCGAUUGGAGGGUCAGAGGUUGCGGCUGGAGAUGCAGGAGCAGAAUUUCCAGGAUCAGCUGAGCGAUUACGAUCGCAAGGAGGGGGCGGAGGAAGUCGUGUCGGAGGAGCUCAGGGCAUACUUGCAGCAGGAAAUCAACAAGAUGGAGGCGGCUUACGGGAAAUGGAUGACUCUGUUCAAUGACGAGAUCGAUCAGCUCGACGAGGAGAUCGAGUACAAGAAGCAGGAUAUUGAGGAGGCUGAGAGGCAGCUGGAGAGGAACACGAAAUUAUCGAGAGAGCGACAGGAGUUCAUUGAUGACUGCGUCACGCGGAGGAAGGUUAUGGCGGAGGAGAAGGCGUACUGGGAUGCGAUCCAUCGCGCAGCCGCAGUCAUUCAGGCCCUGUGGAGGGGGUGUAUGGUGAGGCGACAAUUGGGACCUUAUCGAGGCCUCCGAAAGGCUCUGAAGAAGCGGAAGAAGAUGGCGGCGAAGAGGAGGAAGAAAAUGGAAGCUCGGCGUAGAAGGAUGGAGGAGAAGAAGGCAGCCGAAGAGGCCAAGAAACGGAAAUAA